UUGCUUGUUGGUCCAUGAACCUGAUAAAAACAAAACCACCAACUCCCAUAAAAAUCCAACCAAACCAGGAAGUAAAAAACACAACAAUUCAAUUCCCAAAGCUUAAACCUCUAUGUGGGACAACUUCACUCUGCUCACACCGAACAUUUCCUGAUGUUAUAAAAACAAGCAAUUUCCAGUCAGAUUCUUCUCACCUGUGCAAAACCCACUUCAAGUUUCCCAUACCUUUGGCUGUUUUUAGAGAGGUUGAGUUUAAGGAGUUUUGUAAGUUCAGGAUAUCCUCGCCCUUCAGCGUAGGUUAUUCAUUUGGAGCCUGGGACAUUAGAGGCAAAUACAAGUCUGUUGUGCAAUGAGAAUUUGUGUUGUCAUUACAAAUCUAUGUUUUGGUGUAUCUAUUGGAGCAGCCUUUACAUUUCAGUGUCCCCACGUCUACAAAGAGUUGGCCUCAAUCCACAUGCAAAGCUUGUUGUCUCUUUAAUUUUGUAUAUAGAUUCUGUGAAUAAUUGUAUAUAGUUUCCAUUUAACGUAUGAUGUUGAAUUUUCUUAUCAAGUAGAUUAUAAUGGUUGCCCUACUAGAAUUGGCCUUGCUGUCAUGGGCCAAAAUCUUGCCCUAAGCAUUGCUGAGAAAGGAUUCCCAAUUUCUGUUUACAACUGGACCACUUGAAAAGUUGAUGAGACAGUAGAAAGAGCUUAACGAGAAGGAAUCUCCCUUUAUAUGGAUUUCAUGAUCCAGAAUCUUGUGUUCGUUCAAUCCAGAAACCACGUGUCAUAAUUAUGCUUGUGAAGGCUGGACCUCCAGUUGAUCAAACCAUUAAAACUUCAUCGAUUUACUUGGAGAAAAGAGAUUGCAUCACUGAUGGGGAUAAUGAGUGGUAUGAAAACAGUGAGAGGAGAGGGAAAGCUAUGGCAGAAUUGGGACUGCUUUCUCUUGGAAUGGGAGUUUCUGGUGCUUAAGAGGGUGCUGGGCACGGACCUUCAUUGAUGCCUGGAGGUUCCUACGAGGCUUAUAAAUAUUUAGAAGAUAUCCUUCUUAAGGUUGCUGCUCAGGUUCCUGACAAUAGUCCAUGUGUCACUUAGAUUAGCGAAGGAGGAUCUGGCAAUUUUGUUAAGAUGGUUCACAAUGGGACUGAAUAUGGUGAUAUGCAGCUGAUUGCGGAGGCCUAUGAUUUACUGAAAUCAGUUUGGAAGCUCUCUAAUGAAAGGCCUAUAAAGUGAUGUUCGUAGACAGUAAAAAAUCUAAUAGUUUUCUGUUGUGGAUUGAGGUCAACCUGUGUCAGUGAACCACUGUCAUUGAACUUGUACUGCUUAAUGGCUCAAGGACCAUUGUAUUUCAUUUUUGUUAUCUUGCAAUGAUAU